CACAAACGUCAGUCGCGUCAAGCCUUGCCCGCAACUGCACGAGCCAUAAACAAUCACUUGAUUUGGAACGCAACUACAAUUUCGAACGGAUCUGAAUAAAAAAGGCGCGUAAAUAGAAUGUGUCAGCCUUGAACUUUAUUAUCUGUAUUGUUUGUGUUUUGUUAAAGAAAAUCACACAAAAUGAAGGAGUAUUUUGUUUAUUUUGCUGUUCUCGUGAUUUUAUUUUCAAAAGAUAGUUCAGCCUGUUUCCAAGCGAACUCCGAAGCCAAUAGAAGUGUAACUACGGGCAGCUCGUUCUAUGAAGAAUGUUGCUGUACAGAUUCCGAGUAUAAACCAAUGUCGCUAUGGUGGCUAGAUCCCUUCAACAACGUCAUUUCGGGACCAGGUACAGAUUCAAAUGUGUACAUCGAAGAACAAGACCAGUGCUUGGCUCUCCACAUCCCUUCUACAAGCAAGACGCUAUCAGGACCAUACAGAUGCGUCACCACAUUUAAAGGAGUACAAUAUACUCAGACUCAUAAUUUAGACGUGUUUGAUCCACUAUACUUCUACGGAACUGCUACUGAUCAAUACUUAGUGUAUGGCAACAAUUCCUUGAUUAAAUGCCAGGCUAAAGGCGCUACGGAGCCUCUCAUCAGAUGGUACAGAGGAAAAGAUGGACAGAACGAGAUAUCCAACGAUACAGUAAAAUAUCAGUUUAUGCCUGACGGACUUAUUGUGAAGUAUGUGACUAACGAUGAUGAAGGAGUCUACAAGUGUUCGGCAUCAGUGCUCUCGACUGGUGAAGAAAUUGAGACGGAUAUAGUUGCCAAGGUGAUGACAAUACCAAUAAUAACUCAGCUAUCAGCCAGCCCAGAAACCGUGGUAGCUUCAGGAGAGAGUUUGAUGUUGCAGUGCGUUUCCGAAGGCUUGCCCGACCCCGUCAUACUGUGGAAGAAAAUAGCUGAACCGAUACCUGGUCAAGCAAAGAAUGUCAGUUGGACUGUAGAGUCGAAAGACACGAUUCGAUUUAAAAACAUAACUCCAGAGGACGCAGGGACUUAUGAGUGUCAUGCGAGGAAUUUUGUUGGCGUUGCUGAGAAACAAAUCAAUAUUACGGUAUUAAUACCUCCAACAAUCAUUGCAUUUAACGAUAAGGCGGUGCUGGAAGGCGACAUGGUGCCAAUAAUUUGUAACGUUACCGGCUUACCUCUUCCGAACGUUACCAUCACUUAUGAAGGAAAAAGUUUUGAUGAAAGGAAAACAGAAUAUGAAACUUUUAUAGAGAACUUCUCAGUACUCAAAGUAAACAGAUCUCAUGAUGGAAUUUAUAUUUGCAACGCCACCAAUGACGUGGACUCAGUAAGUGAAAUGAUGCACCUAUCAGUGUUGCAUCAGCCAUAUUUUGACCAGAAGGAGAAAAUUCUUUGGGCUUGGAAUGGAGAAACUGUCAACGUUAGCUGUGCUCAUGAAAGUAAUCCACCUGCGAAUUUUACGUGGAGCUACAUAACAGGCAACUUCUCAACUAUAGAGAAACAAGAACACGAUAACAUAGUUCUAGAUUACGAAACUGCUCUAGAACAUUCGUUCCCCUUUUCACGUCUUUUUGCACCUUUUGGAAAACAUAUAUGUAUAGCUCGAAAUCCAUUUGGAGAAGCCUCUAAAGUUUUUCAUAUUAAAAAAGGAUUUCGCCCAUCAAUUGUUGAAAAUGUAACAACAAUAGACCAAACAGCAACAUCAGUUACUUUUAACAUCGAGCCACCUACUGCCUUCGAGGGCCCUGAAGUCAUAGGUUUCGUAGCAGAAUACGACGAAGCCAAAAACUACGCCUUCACUGAUAUUCACCCGAACAGGACUUGGGCAGUAGGAAUACCUUACAAAUUGGAAAAACUGAAGCCUAAUACGACAUACCAUAUAAAGUUUGCAGCUAUCAAUCGAGUCAGUACAGGAGAUUGGACUGAUACAUACAUAUUUCUUACUAUGGAUAAGUCAGCCCCAGAGCCUCCGAUAUUCUUACAAGACCCGCUUGAGGUGUCUGCAAGUAAGGUGCUGAAGUGGAAAGCACCAGAGUGCAACGGAGAGCCAAUAGACUACUAUGUUUUACGAUAUUGCCCGCAGGACGAAGAGGAAGACCCGGCAUUAUGCAAAGAGUAUCGACUGGAAGAGACAACUGAAAUGGAACUGAGCGACCUGCAACAGAACACUACAUAUAACUUGGAACUGAUCGCGCACAACGCCGAAGGGAAUUCAACGCCAGCGAAUUUCUCCCUCACUAUGUCAGAUGGGGCCCCAAGCAAGCCAACAUCACUUUUAUCAGGAGGUGCACUCAUAGGAAUCUCAAUAGUCGUAGUACUUCUAUGUCUUGUUCUUCUGGAUGUACUGCUGUACUUCUGGAAGAAGCAGGGCAUCAUAGCCAGCUGCUGUUGCAAGAAGAGCAAGAAGAGGAAACCUAACCCUUUGAAUGCACGCGACAAGAAAGGUCUGUUGAAAGACAACGGGGAAUCUGGCACAGACGAUACUUUGAAGAGGCCCAACAAUGGGCACAAAGAGUACGAAUACAAUAAGACCACGGGCAUUAUUACCGGGAAACAUUCCUCUGUUUAAAGUAAAGAAUUUUAAGCGUUUAAGACGACUUGAACCGUGCGAUUUUUGUCAGGAAAUCUGUUGUCAUUGUUGGGUCUUUUCGUGUACCGUAAAUGCAGGAAUUAAUCGAAAUGCUUUUCAGUUUUCACUUUUUACAAGUUUUACUUUCAUACUAGCUUUUAGUAGAUUAACAUUCAUAUAAUUAUAAUGCAAUGGCUUCAAAUAACGACAGAAUCGUACGGUUUCCGUGUAUGCUUGCAUGAAGUGAUAUUGUGAAUCUUAUUGUCAGUAGGUAAUGUGUAAAGUUGCUUUGUGUCUGAAGUUUUACUUCGUUGAGUGGUCGAUGUUUUAGUUUUGUGUGUUUAUAUACAAAUGUAUGAUGCUUUAAUACCCGACAUAUCUAUGUAUAUCUUAUGUCAUUUUCAAUCUGUUUUCGAGUACGUAAUAUCUAUAGGAAGUUUAUAUAGUCUCGUACCGAUUUUUCAUAAUUUUCUGUUAGGUACUUUCCGAUAAGCUCUUUUUACAGUUUUAGAGAUAUUUUGUAAAUAAAAAGUUUAAUUUUAUAUUCUGUUAUUAUGUCAAUAUAUUUAUCAAUUAUUUAUGUACUUGUUACAAACAUAUAAAAAGUGCCUUUUAUUGUAUUUUAUACUCUCGUUGAUAUUGAUAUUAAAAUUAUACGAGAGUUUCUUGAAUUGCGAUAAAUAUAUGAGAUAUCUUAUUCUGAGAAAUCGUACUUAUGUGUUGUAAGAUUUAAGAAAUACAUUCGGGAUAAAUCAUAAAUUAUUUAAAAUAUGACGAUAGGAAUAAAUGUUGAAAAUGCUUUGGAAUCAGUAUCAAAAUUAUAAAAAUAUAUUUAAUGUUAUGAAAGAUUGUAUAUAAAUGUAAUUUCAAUUUAUUAAGUUAUCUUUUUAAAUAAGGCAGUGAUAACUGAAGUUAGUUAUUAUAUACCAAAGAAUAAGUCAGUACCUUUACAUAUUGUAGCAAAAGCACUGUUAAUAUGACUUUUAGACCAAAAAUAUAGAACAGAAGUUUUUUAUAAAAUAAUGUACUUCGAAAACGUAAAAACAAUAUUUUUACUUUUUCCAAAACAAUUGACGGUCAUUUUCCUCGUGCUUUUGUUAUACCAUUGUAUUUUUAACUCUCUCAUUAAAGUUUAUACAAAAUUA